AUGAGUAACACUGAGAACAUGGCGCAUGCUACCACAGACGUGUCACUUGUCGAAGGGCAAGGGAAGAAAACAACUAUGGAAGACCCCAAUCCGCCUUCAAUGUUUCAAGCUUCAGAUGUCAAGGAUUACGACUUGAGUGAGGCCGAGCAACAAAUCACGGCUGCGGGCGAAGCUAAAUAUAGUCGCCUGUCUUGGAAGCAGCUCACUUUGAUGCUUAUUGUCGAUGCUAUUGCAUUGGGUGCUCUUUCUAUCCCACAGGCCUUCGCGACGCUAGGCAUGAUUGCCGGCGUUGUCUGCUGCGUCGGUAUUGGGCUGAUAGCUGUCUAUACGUCGUGGAUCAUUGGCAAGGUCAAGCUGGCCUUCCCUGCUGUGCAACAUUACGGAGAUGUCGGCGGCUUGCUGCUGGGCCGAGUCGGUUAUGAAGUCUUUUCUGCGGUGUUCGUGAUUCAGCUCAUCUUCGUCGUCGGCUCGCACUGUCUCACCGGCACGAUUGCUUUUGCUACUAUUACAGAGAGCACUAUCUGUUCUCUCGUGUUUGGUAUCGUUUCUGCAAUCAUUCUGUUUCUUCUCUCAAUUCCUUCCUCUUUUGCCGAUAUCACAAUCCUCGGUUAUAUUGACUUUGCCUCCAUUCUUAUCGCUAUCGGCAUCACGAUUAUCGCGACAGGUAUUCAAGGAAGCAAUUCACCGGGAGGCCUUGCCGCGGUAGCUUGGUCCGCCUACCCAAAGGAGAAUGUGACGUUCACUGAAGCCUAUGUCGCUAUCGGAGAUAUCGUCUUCGCAUAUUCAUUUGCCACAUGUCAAUUCUCUUUCAUGGAAGAGAUGCACACACCCACGGAUUUCACCAAGUCUAUCUGGGUCUUGGGUUUGAUUGAAAUCAUCAUUUACACCGUGACUGGAGCGACUAUCUACGCAUUUGUUGGAUCUGAUGUUCAGUCUCCAGCCCUUCUUUCGGCUGGUACUACUAUUAGCCGAAUUGCUUUCGGCGUGGCUUUGCCGGUCAUAUUCAUCUCAGGCUCAAUCAAUGCGAUCGUUGUCGGACGAUUGGUUCACGCCCGAGUUUACAAGAAUAGCGUUAUUCGGUAUAUCAACACACCCAAGGGUUGGAUGACGUGGAUUCUCUUCGUUGCCGUCAUCACUAUCGUCGCCUGGAUUAUCGCCGAGGCUAUCCCUUUCUUCACUGAUUUGCUCUCCAUUAUCUCGGCGCUGUUCACUUCCGGCUUCUCCUUCUAUCUACCACCAAUUAUGUGGUUGAUACUCCUUCGCAAGGGCAAGUGUUUCUCAAAGGAAAACCUGCCUUUUGCUAUUAUCAAUUUCUUGGUCUUUCUCAUGGGGCUGGCAGUGCUGGUCUGUGGGCUGUACUCGAGCAUUGACGAUAUUCGAAACUCGUACCACACAGGGAGUGUUCGGAGUCCUUUCAGCUGUUCUCAGACGUGA